UUUCGUCUGUCCCGUCGUAUUUUGUCACAAACGUUACGCUUUUUAUCGGCUUCCCUCUCCUAACUCUGGUCUUUUGCUGUUGUGCCUGUACAGUUGGCAGCAGCAAGUUAAAUGUAGUACAAGAGUCGACAGAGAAAUUUUUAAAUUGUUUACAGAAAUCAAGCUUCACUUGUUUUUUCCAAGUGUAUCUAUUUAUGUGUAUGUGUAUGUGUAUGUGUGUGCCUAAGAAAUGUGCUAAACCAGCUACACAAUUUAAUUAGGUUUUUGUACGAAAAGUAACAACAAUAAGUAAAACAACAAAUACAAAUUUCCAGUUUGCGAUAAAACUCAGAUUCCAAAUACAAUAUUCAAUUCUCGGGUCAUCCAAUGUCGCUUCAAGCAGAAUCAAUUGCAUAACGAACUGAUAGAGCCUGUAAGAAGAAGAAGAAUAAAGAGAAGCGGAAUCGGAAGCUAGCACCAUCCAAAAAUUCGACCUAAUAAGCGAAUUGCAAAUGGCCACAAACUGCGACUACAUUGAGGAUAAUGUGAAACAGCAGCAGAUCACAAAGACAACAACAGCCGCAGCAGGCGAAGCCACAAAGAGCGACAAGACCAAUGCCUCAUCUAUGAACGAGCACGAGGAAAAGCAGGAUGGCAGGGAGAAGGAGAAUAGUAAGGAGUCUGGACGGGAGCAGGAGGGCCGGGAGCUGAUGUGCCCGAGCAAUCAAAUGGAUAGCUUUGAGUGCGCCUUUGAGUCUACCAUGGAUGAUCUGGAGCAGGCGGUGCGCGACGGCUACGAAUCGGAUUCAGAGGCCAGCGGCAAUGGGCAAGCCACUGACUCCUCCGCCUCCAGCUUGAGCCAGCUGGCCGGCAUAGGUGGUCUGCAGUACAGUCAGCAGCUGGCGCCUCAAAUGGAGCUCCAGCUGCAGACGAUGCUGCCACGUGCCAAUUCCUUUGAUUUCCAAAGCAGCAGCGGCAGCAGCAGCGAUGACGAGAACGAGAACAAUGACGAUGAUGACGGUGAUGUGGAGGUGGGUGCACUGAAUCUGAGCUCCAAGUUUAGUCGAGCCAGCGAUGCACGCUACGAUAUAUAUCACCAGCGUCCAGCAUAUCUGUUGCCACCUUUCAUAGAGCGACGUCGCCUCUCGCAGUGCAAGGAGGAGGACGACGAGGAUGAGGGCGGUGACAAGUCACCGCCUGUGGGCGCCAAUGGCAGCGAGGGCUCGCGUUUUGAGCGCGUGUCUAAGGCGCCUCCGCGUCCACCCACCCCGCAAGAUGCCGCCUCCAAGGAGAAGUUCAAGGAUUUGGAACGUUUGCGGCAACAGUUCAUGCACAAAAUCGAUAGGAUCAACACGCGCAACAUUGAGGAGCAGUAUACGUCUCUGCCACCGCCGCCGCCGCCACCACCACCGCCCAUACCGGCCACCAUAUUGCCCAAGGCGCUCAAGGAGCUGCUGCAGUCCAGCGAGGCAAAGGCGCCCGCAGCGCCAAAGCCGCCAGCAGCUGCAGUUGCAGUGCCAGCAUCGCCGCCAACACCUACUCCUACACCCCUGCAGCUGCCACAGGCUGCUGAGCCGCCGCUCAUUAUCCGAGGAAAGUUUAAGGUGUCGCGUGCCCAGGAGACGCCCGAGCUGCGCGUGGAGGCGCAACAGCUGCGCGAACUUAAGCCCAGCGCCAAUUCACAAACCAUCAGCUUCCCCUCCAGCUUUGGCGGCUACUCCUCUGUGCAGGGCCUCUUCUCGCAGCGCUAUGGCAGCAAUCGGUUUCCCGUCGCUGCGCCGCAUCUCUCCAAGCAGUUCUUUGACUCUUCCCUGGUCGAGAUACGCGCACCCACGCAGAGCAAUCUGUCGCUCAAUGUCAACAGCCACAACCAAAGUCUCAAUUGUGAUAGUUUGGCUAGUAAGCCGCGCACGCCCAGUGAACGGGAACUAGACGAGAUCUGGAUACGACGUGCCCCAGCACUGUCCGGAGCUGGAGAUGCUGUUGAUGCUGCUUCAGCAGCUGCCGGAACAGCUCCAGUGCGACCCGUAUCGUUGGGUGGCGCCUCCACAAUGCCACGCCUACUGCUGCGCAAUGAGAGCAGCAAUUCGGCGACAAGUCCAUCGCGUCAAUUGACCAACUCGGGCUCAGUUUCGGUCUCUGUCUCGGAAGAUGAACAGGAUGGUCUGCCACGUGUGCCUGGCUCCCGACCCUCGAGUGCGCCCGCGGAGCCCAAUGCCAAGGCGGCCAAGAAGGCCUACAAGAAAAUGGAGAAAGAGCAGCGCAGACGUCAGGAGAAGGAGCAAUCACGCCGCGAGAAGGAGGCCCGCAAAUUGGAGCGCGAGACGGCACGUCGCAUUGAGCGCGAGGCGGCCAAACUGGAGAAACUGAAUCGGCACAGCGAGAAGAUCUCACGCAGCACGGAGCGCAUGGUGGGCAGCGGGGGUUCGCGUUCCGGUUCGCUGGAGCGGCGACGCAGCGGCGAGGAUUCGCCCGUGCUCAAUCAAUCGACGGUGCACGGUAUCGCCUCCCCGAAUCGCCGGCCCACCAUAUUCGAUGUGUUUAGGCCGCGCGCCAAAUCGGACGCCAAGCGGUACAAGGAUAAACAUUUGCUGGAUCCAUCCUCGGCCGAUAGCAGCGCCACCAGCAGCACAUAUUCCGUAUCUGGUGGCACGCCCGCUACAGCAGCAGCAGCUGCAGCAGCAUUGGCUGGUGGAGGAGGAGCUGGUGGAGGGGCUGCAACAAUAACAGCUGCAAGUGGCGCCGGCGGCCUCAUGAACUCCAUGAAAGUGGCCAUGCAGCAUUUUGGCCAUAAACAACAUCCCGCCGUAACGAUAACCAAUGCCGAUGGCACCGUCUCCGCCAAGAGCAAGUACAAAGAUGGCAGCGCGCAUCCGCAUCAGGGCAGCGACGCGCAGUAUUACCACACUGUUACCGCUGGGCGUCCGCAUGCCAGUGCCAAUCAGCGAUCGCCGAUGACCAAAGUUAUGGAUCUGUUUCGACAUCGUUCAAAUUCAGCGGUUAGCGAGGCGGACAAGCGCAAAGCGCGUGUUGCGGCGCAUCAACAACAGUUGGCUGUGCAAAGUGCUCACAUGCGUCGCGCUUCGGCUGACUUGGAGAAACGACGCGCUUCAGUUGGUGCUGCCGGCCGUAGCUACCGCGGCGACGGCACCCUAGAUCCUCACCAUGCAGCCAUACUGUUUAGGGACUCGAGAGGCUUACCCCGGGCCGACCCCUUCUUAGACAAAGUCAAUCUAUCAGAUUUCGAGGAGGACGACUCACAGAUCUUUGUCAAGUUCUUUCGUUUCCACAAGAGUUACGAUCUGAUACCCACCUCCGCAAAACUGGUCGUCUUCGACACUCAGCUGCUGGUGAAAAAGGCCUUCUAUGCUCUGGUCUAUAAUGGUGUUCGUGCGGCCCCGCUCUGGGAUUCAGAGAAGCAACAGUUUGUGGGCAUGCUGACCAUCACAGACUUUAUCAAGAUCUUGCAAAUGUAUUAUAAGUCACCCAAUGCGUCCAUGGAACAGCUGGAGGAGCACAAACUGGACACGUGGCGCAGUGUGCUACAUAACCAGGUGAUGCCCUUGGUCAGCAUCGGACCAGACGCUUCCCUUUACGAUGCCAUCAAAAUUCUCAUACACAGCCGCAUUCAUCGACUGCCUGUGAUCAAUCCAGAGAAUGGCAAUGUUUUGUACAUAUUGACACAUAAACGCAUACUGAGGUUCCUGUUUUUAUAUAUUAAUGCAUUACCAAAGCCCGCAUAUAUGGAGAAGAGCUUGCGCGAUCUGAAGAUCGGCACCUACGACAACAUCGAGACCGCCGAUGAGAACACCAGCAUCAUCACAGCGCUCAAGAAGUUUGUGGAGCGCCGCGUCUCGGCGCUGCCACUGGUCGAUUCCGAGGGACGACUCGUUGACAUUUAUGCCAAGUUUGAUGUGAUUAAUCUCGCUGCCGAGAAGACCUACAACGAUCUCGAUGUUUCGCUGCGCAAGGCGAACGAGCAUCGCAACGAGUGGUUCGAGGGCGUCCAAAAGUGCAAUUUGGAUGAGUCGCUGUACACGAUCAUGGAGCGAAUUGUUCGCGCCGAGGUGCAUCGCCUGGUCGUUGUCGAUGAUCAGCGCAAGGUGAUUGGCAUCAUUUCCCUCUCAGACAUAUUGCUUUAUCUGGUGCUGCGGCCGAGCGGCGAGGGUGUUGGCGGCUCGGAGAGCUCGCUGCGUGCCUCCGAUCCCGUGCUGUUGCGCAAGGCAGUCGAGGUGGAGUCAGCGGAGACAGCGCCGCCGCGCAGUCCAUCGGCUGCCAGCUCCGGCAAUCGCAGCCUGAUCGAGGACAUACCCGAGGAGGAGGCAACCGCAGCGGGUGCGCCAACGCCGGCGCCGAAGGGCGAUGCUGAUAGUGAUAAUAAUAAAUCCGCCAGUGAAGACAAAGCCAACAAUAAUAAUCAGCAUGAGCUGGCGGCGGCGUCAACGGCGACGACCAAUGGUGAUAGCAAUAACAGUCCAGCCGAAGUGUCCUUUGCCGAUGAGGCGCAUGAGCAAGCCGACAAUGAUGUAGGCGGCGAUGACGAUGAUGACGACGAUGAUGAUGAUGAAGAGGAUGAUUUGCAUCAGGAUCGUGAAGUGGAGCGCAAAAAGGCAGCCGCUGUCGCAAUUUCUGCGGCGGCGCGAACAGGCAAAGAGAAUGAGGAUGAAGACAAUGGGCUAAGCAGCGCCGUUUCCGCUGCCUCGGCGCUCGGCCAGACGCUGGCCACGCCUACGGCGCGCGAAAUGGCGCUGGUUAGUGAAUAAACUGUUAAUUUAAACAACAAACAAACAACCCAAAAUACAAACACAAAGUGAGCAAGCAAAAAGGAAAUAAACAAUAAAAACAUAUAUUCAGAGAAAAAAACAAUUAUAUUUGAAUAUUAUUAGUUGUUAGGCCCAAAAGUUAUGAUAUAUGAGAGAAAAUAUGAUUACAAUUAUAAACUAUUAUUAUGAUUAUGUAUUUUACAACAAGCAACUAAAAACACAACAACCCAACCAACCACACAC